AUGGCUGAAAAAGGAAAAGAAAGUCCUGAGAACACAAAUGUGUCAAUGGUCAAAGAAAAUGGAGAAAUCCAAACAACAGCCCUUCCAAAAUCAGGACAAUUAAUAAAAGAAAAUAGAGAAGAUGAGGGUAAAUACAAUCACAAAGAUGAUGCCAUAGUAAAUUCUUCUGGAGUUAAAAUGGAAAGGAAGAAGUCUGGUAAAGCUCGGCGUUUCUUGGGUAGCAGUAAACAUGAAAUAACUGCAAAGGCCACAGCUUCAUCUACUGAGUCAUCUCAUGAUAUGGACUUAAAACAUACACCUGCUUUAGCUGCAACAGAAGUGAGGAGGACAUAUUCACUGGAUUCAUUAUUGUCACCUAGGAGUAGAAACAGUGAGUUCCUAACCACUUGCCAGAUUAGUAAUUCUCUUAAAAUGCAUUCUGCAAACGAUUUGGUUGGAAAAGAUAAUGGACUGCUGGGAGAAGCAGAAGCUCAGUUUCAGGCAGACAAAAAUGCUACUUUUAACUUCAAUAAAGAAAACAACUGUAGUAAAACAGCAAGUAAGAAGUCCACAGAAGAAAUGCAGGAUGAUUGUUUAUACUCACCCAAAUCAAAAAGUGAGAUAGUUAAUGAAGAACUGCAGGUGAGUAAGGGAGAAUUUUGUUGUAAUCAUCAAAUGUAUAGUCACUCAGAGCUAACAUUGGAUAUCCAGAUGCUUCAUUCCAGUAGCACUACAGUUCAGCAGCAAGCAGAUCUGCAUACAAGUAGUGCAAGUAAAGACAGGGAUGCAAGAAGAAGUGAUACACAGAAAGUCAUGGCAGCUGUACAAAGAGAGCAAAAUCCACAGAACUUUCUUGAUACUGACCUUUUACCUUGUAAUGAACAAAUACCCACUUCAUGUAGCAUGGAAUCCAAGGGAGAAAAAUGUAUAGCCACAGGUAAUCUCACUACUUCAGUGCCAUCCAUUAAAAAUUAUGAAGAUAUAGUCGUGGACAGAGGGACUUGUAUUGAAGAACCAAGUGAGUUAGGGAAACCAAUGCACAUACAAAAUGAUUGCAAAUUAAUCAAUGUGGAGAAUUCUAAGGAUAUUGCCACACAACAGACUGAUUUACCUUGUCUAGAAACUGUGGGUGUAGAAACAAUGAAGGUUUUAUCUGAGGUUGCAGUGGAAAACCUUGCCAAUGUGUCAUCAUGCAUACAUGGGUGUGGAAAUGUGAAAUCUAACUUCAAUGAGUUGACAGCACCUCUCUCAGUAACAUACGAAUCUUCUGAAGCUAGAGGUUGUUGCUCAGCUUCUCUUCAUCCUAGUUGCAAGUUCAAAAAUAAAACUAUAGGAGAAAGAGAAGUCAGUUUACAAGAUAUGAGAGACACACUUUCUUGUCCUGAUCUUGAAUAUGAGAAGAGUAGAUCCUUUGAGCCUGUAGAGAUGAGCCUCCUGGAAAACUCUGUUCCUGUCCACAACCAUGUUCCUUUCUCCCCUGAAACUGUUCAAGACAUUCCUGCCAAGGCAUUAGUUAUAUUUGCAGAAGAUAACACAGGAAAGCCUGCACCUGGCCCUUUAAUUACUGUUGGUAGGACAGACAAUUGUACUCCUGCUACUUCUGAAAUUGACAACACUGGUAUGACUGAUGUAGCUCUUGUUCUGUCUGAAAGUAAAGAUUGCAACUUUGAACUUUCCUCUCAGGUUUCAAAGUCACAAGAAAAAUAUGUGGACAUUUCUUGUUCUGCCUUGAGAUAUGGAAGAGGACCAUAUAUGGAAGAGGUAGAUGAGAGGGGUGUUUGCACCCCCAGACCAACUUCUUUUACUCUAGGAACCAGAGAAGCCUCCAACCUUUCUGUUUCUGCCUUGGAAAUGUUUGGCAUUGCUCAGGGGAACAGUCAUUUUUCCAAUCACACAGCUACUGAUGGGCUAGUGGAGGCCUACUCCAGACAACAAGCUGACAACAGUGUCUUGGCAGAGGUAAAGUCAUCACCCAUCUGUCCUUUGAAACUUUUGGAAAUGGUAUCCAGGUCAGCCUGUACUACGAGCAUGUGCAGAAAUGCUGUGGGACAGGUGAUUGUUGGUAACCAUGCUUCUGCUUUCUCAGAAGCCCCAUCUGUGAUAGAUGAUCAAACAGCUGCUGCACUUGCAGAGUCAAAUGAGCUCUGUCCUGAGGAUGUAUGGAAAAAUACCACUGUGAAGGGACAAGAACAUGAUAGAUUACAAUAUGAUGCUGUUUUAUUUAAAAAAGCUGAUGAAAUAGUGGACUCAGUUUUAUACUUGGCUAUAGAAGAAAUAAUAGCAAAACAAGCCAUUGAUGUCUGCCAGCUAUGCAGGGGCAAGAAUAGUGUAAUAAAUGCAAAUAUUCUAAAUGAUCAGAAAGCUGAAACUGUACAGGUGGAAGCAGAAGAAAUCCAGUCAUCUGUGCAGUCAUUAGAACUUUUUAAUGAGAGCAGUGGAGGAUGCUCAUCUGCAUUCACAGGAAAUAAAACGUUGGAUACAAAUAAUCAAGACGAAAAAAUAUUAUCUUAUGUUGCUGAUAAAAUUGACCUACAUAGUGCAUUAGCACUAAAAGCAAAAGAAGCUAUUGAUGAGGUCAUUAACUCAGCCAAACAAAAGCUGGUGUCCAGUCAGCAGCGACGCAGUGAGAGUAAAAGGCCUUCUGAAAAGGUUGUGUCUAAACCUAAGGGUGAAACACCAAGGAUUUUAAACCUUGAUAUGAAGUUACCUGCCAAAACACAGGAGCCAGCAAAGAAGGAAACUUGGAGUGUAACUGUCAACUCUGAAAAGGCAGAUUGCUCAGGUCCUCGUUUGCUCCCAAAUAGCAUGGAAAAUGGCAUAGACUGGCCCCAAAGAGGUGAAAAGAUACCAAAUAAUGCAUUUACAUGUCAAACAAAUGGAUUUGUACCCACUAGUAGUUCAGCAAUGUCAGAAUCUGAUCUGAUGAUACCAGCAAAAGAGAGACACAAUAGAAAGGUGUGUGAAAAUCCGGCUGCAGCUGAGAUGUGUGGCACAGCUGGAGUAUCAUCAACUAGUAGAAAAUCUGAUGGAUCUUUACAUUUAAUACAAAGAGAAGCAACUGUGACUGAAGAGGUGCUUUUCUCAUUGCAGUUAAAAGAUUCAUGCAAUAAUAUAAAUACAACAGAGUGCACAUUACUGCCAACUGUAAAUGUUAAUUUGUUGUCUUUUAUACCUGAUGAAGAGUGUAUCUGCAUCCAGAGUGAAUCCAAAGACAAAAAUGGCCCUUGGGAGUCUCUGAAAAGUAGAGCAGAGGACAGUCUGUAUGAACACUGUGGAAAAGAGGCUGCAGAAGAAGUUCCUGCCCAAGUAAAAGAAAUAUUAGAAGAUUCAGAGGCAGUCAAGAGUAAAGAGGAACUAUCAGAAGGGGCAAAGAUUAAUACUGGAUUCAGUACACAGUUCAUUCUACCUGAAUUGUCUGUUAUUGGAGAGGACAAUGAAGAGAAAAUCUGCUUCGACAGAGUCUUUGCUCAAAAUGAUGAGUAUCUGAAGCAGGUAGAAAUGAAGGAUCAAGACAUGCAGAGAAGCAAUCACCUUGAAGAAAACAGUCUGGACUGCAGUGAUAACAUGAAGGCAUCAACAGAUCUUUUGGCGUUUUCUCCAUUAAUUCAACAGUGUGAAAACAAUUCUUUUACAAUUAUUUAUGAAGGUGACCUUGAACUUGAGAACAAAUCUGUCUCAAUUGAUAAUAUCCAAACUGAUCUGCUUUCUUCUUCUGAUUUGGCUUCAGAUAACGUAAAUCAUCUAAUGUGUGAAAGCGCAAAGAGUAAACAGGAGCUGGCCUGCUCUUAUGGGAAGGAUAAUUUGGAUGAAGUAACAGAUAGCUGUAGCUCAGAGUCAUUUCUGAGUGUGGAAGCCAAGCGAUACAGAGUAUAUCCUUUCUCUUUGUCUCCAAUAUAUGAAGAUGACAGCUCCCAAGAAGAUGUACUUUCCACAAACGUGUCUCCAGAAGGGUGUCCUAGUGGAAUAUCUAAAGAAAACACUGACCAUGCUUCUGUGCUUUCCCUUCUCCAGUCAGUUUCUGAGCGCUUAGAGUUUACCACGCAGUUCAGUAAAGAGGAAGAGGAGGGAGUGGAGGAAGAAGAGGAGGAGGAAUCAUCAUAUGAAGAAAAUAUGCUUGAUGUUGAGAGAGAAGAUGACUGUCUUCCCAGUCAGUGGAGAGGGAAUUUAAAAACAACUCUUCAUUCAAAUGACCUAAAUAGAUCAUUGUUUCCUGAUCAAUCAUUUUUUCUUUCAAAAGAACAGCUUGAGUCUAAGGAGCAACUAGAACUGUUUCCAGAUUCAGCUUCUCCCAGUCAAACACCUUGUAAGCCAGUUUCACAGAAAGCUGAUGCUGUUCUAAAGUAUCCUCCUCCAAGUGUAUACUACCAGUAUUUGAAAUCUGCCAGCAAUUGCUCUUCUGAGAAGGGGACCAGGUUUGGAAGCAUUCUCCAGGAUACGCUACAGCCAAAGAUCCAUUGGUCUCAAGACAAUACUAUACCAAAACUGGGAGAAUUGCCAGCGAACCUCAUUGACAGGGCAAGUCUCAAAUACAAUCCAAGACCAGGAAAGGUUAUUAUUUAUGAUAUUUAUGGUGACAAAAGUAAACAAGAAGUUUGUUCUGAUGUGCUAGAUACCACAUCCUGGAUCUUUCCUGUUGGAGCAUUACUUAGGAUAAUUAGAGGAUGUUGGAUUUUUUAUGAGAAACCAAAGUUCCAGGGUCGGAAAUAUGUACUAGAAGAAGGAGAGACUGUGCUGGAUCACCUUUGGGAUCUCCCCAUCAUGAAACAUCAUCGCAGAAACCUCACAGUUGGUUCAAUCAAGCAUAUAACAAAGGACUGUGGCAUUCCAGAGGUAGAGUUCUGCCUGGCAGCUGGUGGUACACAGGGACUUCCUAUCUACGUACAGAAUGCAGUUGCCAAUUUAGAAGAACUGGGUAUUAAGAAAAACCUUUGUCUCAAAGUCAGAUCGGGAGUGUGGCUUGCUUAUUCAGACUUUAAUUACAAGGGAGAGAUGAAGGUUUUGGAAAAAUCUGAUUCACCGUCUGAAAUUCCUUUAGCAGAUGUAAAAUCUCUGCGUCCCUUAAAAAUGGGUGGACUAAAGGUACAAAUGCCAAUGAAUGUUAAGAUAAUAAUAUAUGAGAAAACCCACUUUGGAGGAUGGUCCAAAGAAUUUUCAGAAAACAUCAGUUCUGUUCCAGCUCUGCUUGGUAGUGAAGAGGAGUUUCAGAAAAUUGGAUCAAUACGUGUAAUUGGUGGAGUAUGGGUUGCCUAUGAUAAGGAACGCUACAAAGGCCAUCAGUACUUGCUGGAAGAGGGAGAUUAUGAAGACAGCCAGUCAUGGGGGGGAACUGACAGUGUCCUGUCUUUCCGAUUCCUUCAGGCUGAUUUCAUAGAAUCAUCACUGGCACUUUUUCAGUCUGAUGAUGAAGAUGGAAAAGCAUUAAACAUUACCAAUGAAGAAAUCCCUGAUUUGGAACAGGCUGGAUUUGGCCCAGAGACGCAGUCAAUUCUUGUGAAAAGUGGAGUGUGGGUCGCAUAUCAACAGAAGUAUUUCUGUGGAGAACAAUAUAUACUGGAGAAAGGAAAAUAUAAAUGUUUCUUUGACUGGGGAGGAUCUAGUAAAAUGAUCAUGUCAAUUCGACCUAUUAAGCUGGAACCUCUUGGAACAAAUGAGCCUCCACAUUUGCUCAAAGCUUUCAGUAAUACAUAUUUCCAAGGAACAUGUAUAGAUUUCACAUCAGAAGUUUCUGAUUUUACAUCAUUCAUACCAUGUUCAUUUAAGGUUCUUCGAGGAUGUUGGCUCCUGUAUUACCAAGGGGAAAUCACUGACAAUCACUGCGUGCUGGAAGAAGGCCUCUACGUUGAUCUCAGUUCCUGUGGCUGUCCAAGUGCUACAAUCAAAUCCCUCAAGCCUAUUCAUUAUGCUUUUGCUGAGCCCUCUAUCAGUCUGUUCGCUCUGGAAGGCUGCAAGGGCAGAGAGCUGCACUUCAGUGAACCCAUCAAUUCUGUUUUGAAUGAGGACCUUCAUUUUUACACUCAGUCUGUAUGGGUGAGAAGUGGCUUGUGGAUUGCAUAUGAGGGAUGUAACUUUUUAGGAAAGCAGAUUCUUCUGGAGCCCAGUGAGAUUUCAAACUGGAAUGAAUAUAGUGGGUGGAAAGUAAUUGGCUCCCUUCGUCCUGUGAAGCAGCCAGCAGUGUACCUCAGAGUGAAGAACCGAGCCCACGGUAAGUAUCUGACAGUUGCUGGAAGCCUGGCGGACAUAAGAGCAACGUCGGUGUGUGCAUCGCCAUAUAAUGGCAAGAAUACCCAGAUCUGGCACUACUGUCGUGGACUCUUCAAAUCCAAGGCUAACAACGCCUGUCUCGAUGUCAUUGGUGGCAGAGAUAUGCCUGGGGCCAAAGUUGCGCUUUGGGCAGAGCAUGGGAAGGACAGGCAAAAGUGGAGAUUCAAUGAGGAUGGAACCAUCAGUUCAUACCUCAGUGACCAACUGGUGCUUGAUAUUAAAGGAGGAAAUUAUUAUGACAAGAAUCACAUCGUUAUGAAUCAGCUGAUAGAUGACAGACAUUCACAAAAAUGGGAUAUUGAAAUACUGUAAAAACCACCAUACAGGUGGACGUUGUGUGGGUUAUUAACA